AUGCAAGAAAACAGAAAAUAAAUGCUUAAAUCUUAGGAUUCUGAUAGAAGUAUAAAAAAUGCAUCUGAUAACAUUACAAAAAUAGCAAACAAAAAAAUUCAAUAAUUAGCCUUUUUAACAUAAUUGCCAUAAUAAAGAAAAUAUACAGUUGUCGAGAAAGUGAACAAACUGAUUGACAAGACAUAGAGUAAAUUAAAGCAUCAAUAAAUACCUAAGGAUGUUCAAUUUUAUCAAAGAAAUAUAAAAAAGUUUGAGAAUUUAUCAUCAUUUAUUAAUUCAAAGGGAUUACUAUCAGCUAAUUUUAGUAUGCCUAAACUAAGGGUAAAAGAGAAAGUAGAUGAUUAGGAAUAAGAAUAUGUUGAUUAUUUACUUGCAAAAAAUUGUAAAAUAUGAUUUUAUUGUAGAUAAACUUUAAUAAGAAAGACAAAGAAGAAAAAGUAAAUAAGUGAAAGAGAACUAUGAGUAAUGUUGGGAAUUAGAAAAUUCUGAUUAUGAUUUUGAAUCUCCAAUUAAUGUAGAUAGGGAACUAAAAUUAGCUCAUUAGGAUUAAAUAAAAGGAGAAAUGGAAGCAAAAGCGAAACUAUGGGAAUUAUAAUAAAUUCGUAAGUAUUAAAGAAAAGCAACUAAAAUUGACAUAAAGGGUUCUUAAAGAUCAUCUUAAUACAAUAAUUAGGAAGAAGAUGAAAUAAUAGUAGAUUAAGGUCAAUUAAAUGCAUAGCAUUAUAAAGAGUAAUCAGAUAAGGUUAUUAAGAUGAUUUGGAAUGCAGCAAAAAAAAUAUAUAAUAAAAAGGAGGAUUAGAUAAAAAAAGAAAUAAUAAUGCAUUAAAUAGCUAAAAAUUAUAGAUAAAAAUAGAGAGAGAAUGCAAAGGAAGAAAUUAAUAAAAUUUUACUUAGUAUUAUUAUAUAUAUUAUAUUUGAGCUGGUCAAAAAUAACAUUUAAUAUUUGCUACAACAGUAAGACAUUUACCAGAGAAUGGUGAUUCAAAAUAAAAUACAGAACAUUUUUUUAGAAAAAAAGGACAAACUUCUCGUAAAACAUAAGCACCAUAUUCAUUAUCUCCACCAAGUUAAAACGAAGAGAUGAAAUCCAAUAGAAAAAUAUCAUAAAUUAAUUCAAGAUUGCAUGAUAUUGUUCAUUAAAUUGAUAAUAUACCUGUAGGAGAUCAAGCUCAUACCAUAAAGAAAAUGUAAAGUGAAUAAAUACUUUAUCAAACAUUGAGAGAAACUCUUUAACCUGAUUAAAUAAAAGACACUUUAAAAGGAUUGUUUCUUCCAACAGAUCAUUUACAUAAAAGACCCUUUCAAUUCAACAAGAAACACUUCUAAAAUUAAAUCUUAUGA